GGGGGGGACAGUUGGGCCGGGUCGGUUGGCGGGGCGACGGUGCAGCGCAACAUUGAUGCGAUAUUCACAACACUAAGAUAAAUCCUAUUUGAAAAGCAGAAAGAAAACUAGGGAUACGAAGAACUGAAAAAAAAGGAAAAUACUGGAACCAUUCAGCUGGUCAGACAGCAUCCAUGGAAAGAGCAAUGGAGUUGAUAUUUCAGAAGCUGUGGAAAAUAUGCACUGGAAGGUUUUCUCUCAAAUCGAGCUGCCUCAAACUUAGAAAUGUACAUCAAUGCUAAUGGCAGAAAACUGGUUUGUUGGUGAUCUUGUUCUUGCACCUGUUUCUGGAGAUGAGAAGCUAUCUGAAGCCACAAUAAAGUCUAUUUCUAAAAAUGAAAAUGGAGAAACUAUAGCACUUUUAAGAUUUUCAAAUUUCAAUGAAGAGAUUGUGCCAAUAACCAGACUACAGAAGAAAAGUAAAAGUGAACGUUGGAAGGGUUUUAUAUUUGAUGAUGAAGACUUGGAAAAGCCUUUCUUCAAUGACAAAAAGACAUCAGGGCCCAAGACCUCUUUGAAAUUGUCCGAUGGAGGUAUAUGCGUUCCACAUACAAUUAACAGAUACCUGCGAGACUACCAAAGAGAUGGAAUACAGUUCAUCUGCCAACAUUACUUUCAUGGAAAUGGAUGUAUCCUUGGUGAUGACAUGGGACUUGGAAAGACUGUACAGGUUAUUUCCUUUCUAGCAGCUGUACUUCAUAAAACGGGGACCCGAGAGGAUAUUGAAAAUAACAUGCCCGAGUUUGUACUGAAGACUAUGAGGAAGGAAUCCAAGUCUCUCAAUAACAAAAUUUUUCUAAUAAUUGCUCCAUUAUCCGUGCUGUAUAACUGGAAAAAUGAACUGGACACUUGGGGUUACUUUAGAGUUUAUAUCUUGCAUGGCAGCAAGAAAGACCACGCAUUCAACUGCAUCCGACGGAGCAAGUGUGAAAUUGCCUUGUCUACUUAUGAAACCGUCCGCCUCUGUCUAGAUGAGAUUAACAGUAUUGCAUGGUCUGCGGUGUUUGUGGAUGAAGCCCACAAGAUCAAGAAUCCUAAAGCUCAGAUCACACAGGCUUUGAAAGCCCUCAAAUGCAAGAUUAGAAUUGGGCUAACUGGGACCAUUUUGCAGAACAACAUGGACGAGUUAUGGUGUGUCAUGGACUGGGCCGUACCAGGUUGCCUGGGCAACAGAGCUCGUUUUAAGGAAGAUUUUGGCAAUCCGAUUGAAUUUGGUCAGAGACAUGGGGCAACUAAAAGAGAACUAGCUGUUGGAAGGAAAUCAGUGAGACGGUUGGCAACACGCAUGUCCUCUUGGUUUCUAAGGCGCACCAAAUCCCUCAUCAGUGAUCAACUCCCAAGAAAAGAAGACCUGGUGGUUUACUGCUCUCUAACAGAAUUCCAGAAGUCUGUGUAUAAGGCAGUGUUGGAGACAGAAGAUAUAAAGUUGGUGAUGCGUGGCUGGAGUCCAUGUGAUUGCAGCAGUGGCCGAAAAAGGAAAAACUGCUGUUAUAAGCGCAAUCGAGAAGGUUCUACAGUAUGUCAAAUCUACUUUAGUUAUCUGACAGUCCUCCGUAAGAUAUCAAAUCAUGUUGCACUCCUGCAGCCUAAUGAGAACACUAGCAAGAUGCAGGAAUCCACCGUUAGAACAGUUUGUGAACAUGUAUUUUCCAAGUUUCCAGAGUUUGUCGAGCAGAGUAAAGAAGCUGCUUUUGCAACCAUUUCUGAUCCCAAAUACAGUGGGAAAAUGAAGGUUCUUCAGCGGCUUUUGGACCACUGUAGAAGAAACAACGACAAAAUCCUGCUCUUCUCCUUCUCCACCAAGCUUUUGGAUGUAUUGGAGAGAUACUGUAUGGCUUCUGGGUUGGAUUACCGACGACUGGAUGGGAAAACCAAGUCGGAGGAGAGGGUCAAGAUAGUGAAGGAAUUCAACAGUUUGCAAGAUAUCAACAUUUGCUUAGUGUCCACAAUGGCUGGUGGCCUCGGACUGAAUUUUGUUGGAGCAAAUGUUGUUGUGAUGUUUGACCCAACAUGGAAUCCAGCUAAUGAUCUUCAAGCUAUUGACAGAGCCUAUCGCAUUGGUCAGUGCAGGGAUGUUAAAGUGUUUCGGCUAAUUUCAUUGGGUACGGUUGAGGAAAUCAUGUACCUGCGUCAACUUUAUAAGCAGCAACUACACUGUGCGGCUGUUGGAAAUGAAAAUGCAAAGCGCUAUUUUAACGCAGUGCAAGGAUCAAAGGAGCAUGUCGGGGAAAUAUUUGGAGUUCAGAAUCUUUUCAGCUUUCGAACAGGGGGAUCCUGCUUGACUCGGGACAUCAUUCAGAGAGAAGGCCAAGUGGAAGCAGGAGUGAUGACAGCCACUACACAGCUGAGAGAAGAACCUCCAGUGGAAAGACAGGAAAGAACCAUGGACCACGGAUAUAUAAUGGAAGAAGAGAAUCUGGACUUGUUGAAGCAACAAGGAAAUAAGGCAAGAAAAUCAGAACAAUUUUUUGACUUCAGUAGCGACAGUGAAACAGAGGCUUCAAGUGCGGCAAAACUGAAGAAUAGCAAGGUGGAACCAACAGAAAUCAAUCAUCAACUGGAAACUAGUGGACAGCUCACAUUACUCCAAUGUGGAAUUUCCAAAUUCUUUGACAGAAAAGCAAGCAGUGGUGAGGAAUCCAGUGAACGUGACUGUAGUUCUGAUGGUGAAAUAUCAGAGAAGCAGAAUGCAGAAGCAAGCACAAGCUUGGGUGCCACUGUAGCAAAAGGACAGAAUUUGUCUGGUUACCUGGCUCCAGAUAUUCAUUCAGAUGCUCAACCAAUAAAAGGUGGGAACUCUAAGCAGGAAAGGCACAAAUUUUGGCAGAAAUGUAACUCUUCCACUGAAUCUGAAAGCAAGGCCAAAUUAACAACUGACAUGGGAGCCAAUAACAGCAGAAAAGAGAAUGAUGUGAUUAAUAUUUCACGAGUGAUGGGACAAAGGAAAAAAGUGCUUGUCAAGAAGAAAUCUAAUCUUAGCUUCCUGUCUACAGAUUCAGAGGAUUCAAACAAUGAAAACAUUACAAAUAUUUUCAGAAAACAAAAGACUUUAUUACGUACUAAAAAUCCAGAAUGUAUUGGCGGAAAACCAGGCAUUGUUGGCGAUUCUCUGAAAAUAACAAAGGGCAAACCUUUGAGCCAUGUUGCCAAACUGAAGACACAGUUGAAAGAGAUAGGCAGCAUCAGUGAUGAGUCAGGUGAUGUUGAAAUAUCCACAGAAUCAUCAGAAAUGACAUCCAAUCCAACGGAUCACAAAGUUGAAGAUGGCAAAAGAAUCCUUAACUGUAAUUCUAAAGCUACUCUUAAAAGAAGGACGGCACAAUAUGACAUUGAGGAAUUUUCAUCCUCUGAAGAUGACAUUCCCACUAAGCAGACCCGAUUAAGUGCAAACAAUGAGAUCUGUCGAAGUAACAGGAAGCAAAAGUGCAAGAAAGUUCAGUUUGGAUCUCACCAGAGGCCGAGUGGAAUUGUCAAAGAUGAUGCUGUACCCAAGCAACAGAAAUGGAGCCCAUGUCACAGGGAACAGUUGGCAUCAAUGGAUAAAUUGUUGGGCAAUGUACAAGAAGUGGCUUUCGUUCAUUCAAACCAGCAUGUGGUUGGAUCCAGCAAGGCGGAAAACCAAAUGACCCGUACAGCAAUCCGUGAUGUAUUUGAAUUAAAACGGUAUUCGCAGGUUCCUGCAAAUGUUGCCUUCCAUAUGGGUCAGACGGAGGGAAAGAGCCAAGAAGCAGCUGGCACCAACACAUUGAUUGGGGAUACACUCAAAGGAAUUUGUAGAAAUCCAUUCUGCGACAUGGUUCCUGCAGAAGGCUUAGCUGAGCAUGCUCUGAGCAGCACCUCGCAGCACCAGAUGAAAAUGCCGAGGAACAAAAGGCCGAAAAAAGCAAUCAAUUCCUUUCUUUGUGGAGCAUCAGCUGGCAGAGUAAAACAUUUAAGGAAAAAUAACUUGUGUUUUGAUAAGCAAGAUAAAGUUAGUUCACAAAAGCAGCCUCAUAAAAAAAAUGAUAAUGUGAUGGCUGACAAAUCUGAUGGUGAUUUUGCUGAAGGGGUUGAUGAUGGAAUCUGCAUGGAUUAUUCAAGUCCUUCAACUGCUGCCCUCUCAAAGAAUAAACCGCACAGAAGUGGGACAAACUCCAGAGAUGCUGUGAAACUUCAGCAACAUCAUGAGGAGAUUGGACCACCAACAGAAGGGCCAAAGUGCAAGUCAGAUAACAACCAAGAAAUAAGGCAACUCAAACCCGACUCAAUCACAGAGCUGCUUGGUGACACCUCCAUACUGGAUCCAUUGUUCGACAGAAAGAAAAACCGUACUGCACAGCCAAAGAAAGCUUCUGGGCAUGUGCCAAAAGGAAAAAACAAGCCUAAGGAUUUCUGGGAUUUUCUCAAUAAAAGUAACGAAGAGCAUGUCAGUGCACUAACAGAUUUUUCAGUGAUCGAAAAGUUGUGUGAAAGUGCACCUUUGAAAUCUAAAGGAAAGGGAAAAGAAUGUGAUGGCUCUCUUUGGAAAAGGAAUGAAAAGUUUUUAUGGAAAAAAAGUGACCUAGAAAAUGACUACAGCGCCUCAACAUCUGGCACAUCUUUGGCAAGUUGCCAACUGUGGAAACGGAACAUUCAAACUUUAGAUGGGGAAAAGAAGACAUUUUUAGUUGAUUUAAAUGCAGCAACUGUAAAGAAAAAUGGGCAAUUAUGAAUUUGGCUUGUUUCUCAACAUUGAUAUAUUUGCAUUUCAUAAGAUGGCAGAAGAAUGGUAAAGUAACAUGAUAUGGUAUUGGAACUUGGCCAUUUGGGACAUUACAGUGGGUACUAUUUUACAUUGAUUUAAGAUUAUUCACAGAAACGUUUUUAUUUCACAUUUUCAGUAUAUGAAUGUGCAGUCAAUUUUAUACAGAGAGUACUCUUUUUAAUGUAUUAAUCAAGUGUUUGUGGAUAUUUAGUGGUAGAAUCAAAGUUUUGGUGGGGAGCACGAGCUCAUGAAGCCUAUGAUGGUCUGGUUAGUUUUAACUGUUCCUCAUUUUAACCUGUCCAAAACAAUAGAUAUGUUGGUGAGAGGAAAAAUAUUA